AUGAUCAACACGUUAGAUCCCCGUUACGUGAUCCCUACCCGCAGCUACAUGACCGACAAAGCAGUACCGAGAAUAUAUGACAAAGUCAAAGACGAUGUUAAGUCAGCCCUGAGUUCUGCCCCACGAGUGGCACUGACUUGUGACGGGUGGACAUCGCGAGCCACGGAAGCUUUUGUUACAAUCACUUGCCAUUACGUUGACGAGGAGUGGGAACUGAUGUCGCACGUGUUACAAACGCGAGCCAUGCACGAGAGCCAUACGGGGUCAAACAUUGCAGAGUUACUGAAAGCGGCGCUGGAGGAGUGGGACCUCGUAUCCAAAGACCCAGCUAUUGUGACUGACAACGCCGCAAAUAUGAGCGUCGCAGCGGAGCUUGCCGGUAUGUUGCAUUUCAGGUGCUUCGCUCACACUUUAAACCUGGCCUCGCAGCGUGCACUGAAGCUUCCUGCUGUCGCUCGUUUAUUGGGACGUGUUAGACGGAUAUCCACCUUUUUUAAGCGCAGUAUCACAGCCAGCCACGUACUUCGACAGAAGCAGAAGUUGCUCGAGUUGCCUGAACAUAAACUGAUCACUGAUGUUGUGACGCGCUGGAAUAGCGCGCAUGAUAUGCUCGAGCGCUUUCUUGAGCAGCAACCCGCUGUCUCCGCUGCUCUUCUGUCCAACGAGCUUAGGAAAACCGAGAAAGAAGUUUGCAUAUUUGUGGCCCCUCUUCAUGCUCAGCUCAUCCAGGAUUUCCAAGAGAGCAGAGCAGAUAGUGAGAUAGUGAAAGAAAUCAAAGCGGCUAUUUGCCAAGAUUUGAGCAAGAGGUACAUGAAUCAGCAGAAAGAGACCAUGUAUGUACGUUCAGCACUCGAUCCAAGAUUCAAAGCUUUGCCCUUCCUUCCUGAUGAUGAACGAGAGGAAAUAUACUUGAGAAUCACUGCAGAAGCUCGAAGAAUUCAAGAACUAUUUCAGGAAGAGGCUAAAGUGAUACCAGGAGAGGAGGACAAUCAUGUGGAAGACAAGGAUGACAUUCCUGCCAGCCCACCACCCAAGAAGAAAAAGGACUUGUGCUGUUUGGCUGAUCUGCUUGGUUCAACUUACAGUGCAGGUCCUGCGGUGAGACACAGAACCACACAGGCCCAGGCAGAAGAGGAGAUGUCAAGGUACAAGGAGGCACCACCCCUGUCUCUUGCUGAGGGAAGUCCACUCAGUUGGUGGAAAGAGCACCAGAAUGAAUAUCCACUAAUGUCACGCCUUGCCAAAGUGUACCUGUGCAUUCCAGGGACUAGUGUCUCCUCGGAGCGCGUUUUCUCUACGGCAGGCGAUAUCGUAACAGCACAGAGAAGUGUACUAAGCUCAAAGCAUGUUGACCAACUUCUGUUUUUGAACAAAAAUCUUAAGUCAUAG